GUCAAAAACAGUCAAACAGCUGCGCACGGAUCGUGGACGUAUUUCUGCUGCAAAGUCGGUUUUCUAUGGAAUUUACUUGUUUCACCUGAAAUAUUUGUGAAAGUUACUAUUCAUGCGCUGUGUAAAUAGUAAUAUUUAGUGAUUAAGAUGUGACAAAAACAAGUUCUUAUGACUAGUGUCCAUAUAUUGCUCUUCAAACAACGUCGGAACGGAUGGAAUACUACUACUGUAUACAAAGUGACAAUGAUGAAGGUGGGGCGCGUGAGCAUGCGGCUGCUGCUGGGCAUGCUGUGCUUCUCCGUGCUGCUGCUCACGCUCAUCUGGAGCCACUGCGGGGAGGUCCCGCGCAAGCCAAUAGGCUCGGUGAUAUCCAACGCCCUCUCCGAGCGCACAGCAGCCAGCGACGAGAUCGAGUGCGUCAUCAACGGCGAGUACUCGGUGGCGUGCCGCCGCGAUAGAGACGAAGUCUUCGUGCCUUUCUCAUUCAUCCACAAGUACUUUGAGAUCUAUGGGAAAAUAACUUCGGGGGAUGGUGGAGAAAAAUUCGAAUGGUCACACAGCUACAGCAAAAUCUACCAUCCCAAGAAGAAGUACGAUCCGCGCGGCACCUUCACCACAUUCGAGAAUUACAACGUGGAGGUUCGGGACCGCGUAAAAUGCAUCAGCGGCAUCGAAGGCGUCCCGGUCUCCAUGCAAUGGGAGCCAAAAGGGUUCUUCUAUCCAACGCAGAUAGCUCAAUUUGGACUGGCACAUUACAGCAAGAACUUGACAGAACCAGAGCCUCGGAGAAGAAUAAUAGACGAUGGGGAGAAGCAUCUAGAGAAUUGGAUCGUCAGCAAAGACGCUUAUAUGGCCCGGGAAUACGACACGGCUCUCCACACAAAUGUCCUAAGGUUCUCGACAUCAGACCACGCGUCGAGCCAAGUCUGGCUGAAGGUCAACAUCACCCAAGAUUUUGUGCUGAGUCUAGAUCUGACAUUAUCUGCCAACUCCUCGCUGACAGUCGUGCUCCAGAAUAAGGAUAAAAAGGAAACAGUGUACUUACAUUACGUUACUAGUCAACAGUUAAUAUAUGCGCAAGAGGACCACAUCUACUACGGUAUCGGCACAGAGCCUCUGUGGAGGCGAGUCACCCGCGAUCUGAUCAUCGACAUGCAGAAGGGCUGGGCGUUGCUGGACAAGCCCAAGAGAAAGUCGCCACGGUCCAAGUUCAAGAUAUCGUCCAUCAUCCUGAGCGGCGCGGGCAGCGUGGACAACAUCACCAUCGCCGGCAGCGAGCACAUGGCGCACUUCUUCGCGGCGGCGCGCUGGCUCGCGCGGCAGCAGCGCGCGCGCUCGGGCGGCUGGCCCAUCCCCGUGCGGCGCCGCAUCGCCGCCGGCGUCGCCGAGCUGCGGCCGGGCUGGCACUCGGCCAUGAGCCAGGGGCACGCGAUGUCGGUGCUGGCGCGCGCGUACCACCGCAGCGGCGACGCCGGCUACCUGCGCGCCGCCCAGCGCGCGCUGCGCCUGCUCGACGUGCCCAGCGCCGCCGGCGGCGUCAAGGCGCUCUGGAUGGACAAGCACGUCUGGUACGAAGAGUACCCGACGAAGCCGCCGCUAUUCGUGCUGAACGGGUUCAUCUACACGCUGUUGGGGCUGUACGACGUGCACGCGGCCGAGGGCGACAACACGGUCUCGCUCGCGCGCAAGCUGUUCGACGACGGCAUGGCAAGCCUCAAGGCGCUGCUGCCGCUCUACGACACCGGCGGCGGCAGCUUCUACGACCUGCGCCACUUCACGCUCGGGGUGAGCCCCAACAUCGCGCGGUGGGACUACCACGCCACGCACGUCAACCAGUUAUACCUGCUAGCGGGCCUGGACGACGACCCCAUCCUCAUCAACACGGCGCGCCGCUGGGAAGGGUACAUGCAAGGCAAGAGGGCGGCGCACAACUGAACCCACCCGCGAAGAACCCCGGGAGAAACCUCUUCGAACGUGGUCGCCACGGUAUACCAAGUAUACGAGUCGCGUAAUCCCACGGCAACGACGAAACAAAACAAUAUCGCUGCGCGGUAAGUCGAAUCUCGAAUAUUACAAAAGACGUUCGAUUCAAGUCUGGAAUCAUUUCUGCUCUCGCUGCAGUCAGACGACUUUAUUGAGUUAUCUGUUACGUAUUCAAUAUUUAGUUUUAGUAUCGAGACUUUCGCGUGGAGAAGGCGGUUAGUGCUAUACUAACCUAGUAAUUUGAAAGUUUACGUUUAUUUAUAAAGAAACGAUCUUUCAACUGAAACUGUUGUAUAAAUAAUAUGACAUUCUAUGAUAAAAUAUAAAACAUAUUGGAAAGCCAAUGUCGAAUUGUCGACAUACUGGUAUUAAUACUCUCAUUUAAUGGGAAAUGGGUAAUGCUGCCAAAAGACUGUUAUACGAAUUGGCGAAAACUCUAAUCACAAAUAUAGACUUUUUAUCAUAUUUCAUUACAGUUGUUUAAAAUGUUAAGUCUAUAUGAAUAAUCACAAGAAUAUUACAAAA